AUGGAGACCGAGGCGUUCUGUGCCACGUACAACAUUGAUCUGUUCGUUGUGGUCUACUCCGUGGUGGACCGCGGCACCUUCAAGGCAGCCGAGAAGGUCCUGACCUACCUCAAGGAGAACGACAUGCUGCUCACGCGCGGCGCCAUACUCGUGGCCAACAAAACGGAUCUGGAGCGGCAUCGCGAGGUGUCGCGCCAAGUUGGACGCAAGCUGGCCAAGGAGAUCGCGUGCAAGUUCAUCGAGACGUCGUCGGGCCUCGACCACAACGUGGACGAGCUGCUGGUGGGCAUUGUCGCCCAGGUCAAGCUCAAUCCGCAGCGCCUCUCGCUGCUGAGCGAGUACGAUCUGCAGCGGCUGAACUUGCAGACGACGAUACAGAAGCAUCGGCGCAUGCAUCUGCCGGCCAGGCGGAUGGUGCGCCAGAUGAGCAUCUUCAAGAUGGAGGACGGCGACGAGAGGGAGGAGGAUGACGGUAAAGGCGACGGCGACGGCGACGGCGACAACGACAACAACAAGGAGAACGAGAACGAGGGCCAACACAAGUCCCUGGAGGCAGUGAGGCGUGCCGCCAAUCGACGCACCCUCAACCUCGAGUGCAUCCUGAAGAUGGGCGAGAGCGAGCUGGAGGAGGAGGAGAGCAACAGGCAGAUGAGCAAAUUCGAGCAGCUGGCCGCCAGCAUGCGUCAGCGGCGUGCCCAGGACGAGCAGCAGCUGCAGCUGCAGCAGCAGCAGGCGGCUGACAACAAUGACAGCAGGCCCUCGACAUCUGCGGCGGCUGCUGCCCGGCGCGAAUCGAAUGCCAAGGACGAGCUCGAGUCCGCCGCCUGCAACCGGAGAGUCGUGAACAAGCUGACCAAGGUGUUUCUCUCAUCGGUGCUGCGCUUCAGGACAAACAUGAAGCGACGCAACUCGUCCAGCUGCACCAACUUGUUCGUCAUCUAAGCGGGGGCGGGGGCGGGAGCGCUUUGGAUGGGCGUGGGUGUGCGUCUGUGGAUGGGUGUGUGUGUGUGUGUGUGCGUCUAGCUAUAUUGUUUAUAAGCGAGGCUAUAGACUGAGACUGAUUGACUGACUUGGAGCGGAGCGCAGCUAACGGGAGGAGCGCUCGGGAUAGAAACAACGAAGAGUACAGUCAUCAAAAGCAGAUAUCAAAAGGUUAUACACGUUCAUAUGCGCAUGCUGCAUGUGAAUAAUCACUGAAACCAGAAGCAUAAGAUCAAAAGCAGAACGAUUACAGAUCGAUUGAUCGAUAACGAUGAUUCGAUUGGAAAAAUUUCUGAAUUUACGACAAUUUGAGACUAGCUGCUGUUGCAACAUUUCAACCAAGAAUUUCGCAUAAAGUGACAAUCGAUAACAAUAUCGAUAGACUUAGGAUCUACUCUCUAGUUCCUAGCCAGCUGUCAGCGACCAUGGACAAUAAUUUAUGCAUUGAAUACAAAGCUCAAAAA